AAGUACCUCACACACACACUCUCUUCUCUUCACUGCAUCUGCUUCUGCUGCAUCAAUCUAAGCUUCAAACAUGGCGAAAUCACCAGAGUCAGAGCAUCCCAUCAAGGCCUACGGUUAUGCUGCCCGCGACACUUCUGGAACCUUCUCACCCCUCACCUUCUCCCGAAGAGCUACAAGGGAUAAAGACGUGAGAUUCAAAGUUUUGUAUUGUGGAAUCUGCCAUUCUGAUCUUCAUUUUGCCAAGAACGAAUGGGGAGUGACUACCUAUCCGGUAGUUCCAGGGCAUGAGAUUGUGGGUGUCGUGACAGAAGUAGGAAGCAAAGUAAAGACAUUCAAAGUUGGUGAAACAGUUGGUGUUGGAUGCUUGGUGGGAUCAUGCAGAUCAUGUCAAAGCUGUUCUAACAAUCUUGAACAAUUCUGUCCGAAGAUGACCUUCACUUAUGCUUUUCCUAAUUAUUCCGAUGGCACAAUCACAUACGGUGGCUACUCUGAUCACAUGGUUGCUGAUGAGCACUUCGUGUUGCAUUGGCCAGACAAUUUGCCACUUGACUCCGGUGCACCAUUAUUAUGUGCUGGGAUCACAACUUACAGCCCCCUCAAACACUACGGACUAGACAAGCCUGGUAUGAAGAUCGGGAUAGUUGGUCUUGGUGGCCUCGGUCAUGUUGCAGUGAAGAUAGCCAAGGCUUUGGGGGCAGAAGUUACGGUUUUUAGUACGACCCCAGACAAGAAGGAGGAAGCGCUCGAUGGACUUAAAGCUGACCAUUUCAUAGUUAGCAAAGACAUGGACCAAAUGCAGGCUGCUACUGGAACGCUCGAUGGUAUCUUAGAUACGGUUUCUGCAUCUCAUCCGAUUGUGCCGUUUCUUAAUAUUCUGAAAACUGAUGGAAAGCUUGUUCUUGUUGGUAUGCCUGGGGUGCCACAUGAGCUACCAGCAUUUCCUUUGGUCUUAGGGAGGAAGAUUGUUGGUGGUAGUAAUAUUGGAGGACUGAAAGAGACUCAAGAGAUGCUUGAUUUUUGUGCAAAACAUGGAAUUACAGCAGAUAUAGAGGUUAUCCCAAUAGAUUAUGUGAAUACAGCCAUGGAUCGUCUCUUGAAAUCUGAUGUUAGAUAUCGCUUUGUGAUCGAUGUUGCAAAUUCCAUAAAGGCUCCAUCAGAGUUGAGAUCCAGAGUAUGAGGUUGAUGAAGGUGUCCGACAGAACUUGGUUAUCAGUAAAUAUGAAUCAUUAUAUUUAAUUAUAAGCUUUUUGUUAGAGCUUUGUUUGCAUGAUGAUUCACUUAUUAUUGUUCCAUAUGAAACAUGUGAUAAUUUGAGUUCUUAGAUUCUUCUAGUUUAAGAACAAACUUGUCCCAUUUUUUCUAAAAAGAAAAGUCCAUCAUAUAUCUAUAUCAACGAUAUGCAACUGUUUUUAAAUAGCAA